AUGCAGCGCCGGCAUCUUCGGCGUCUUCGCGCACGGCGGCGGCGCCAAACAUCCUUUUCAGCUCGUCGGAGGCCUUCAGCACCCGCAUAUUCACGGCCAGGAGGGGCUUGGCCGGCGCCGCAGUGGGGCGAGUCGGGGCCUGCGACCCGUCAGGGCUGGGCGCACUCGUGCUGUUAUGUGCAGGGGUGGUGGAUUGGUCGAUGCCCAGCUCCGCCAGAACCUUGUCGAUGUCCUCCUCCUCCCUGGCUUGCUGGCGCUUGGACGGCUGCUUUGGGGGAGGCAAGGCGGGGGCAAGCUUUGUGGGUGGCGCGCCGACGGCGCUGGUCAUCGCAGCAUCAUCAUCCGAUGCCUCUUCCUGCGAGGAAGCCUCCCUCUCUGCUUCAGACUCGUCCUGCAGGUAUAUACAUUGGGCACUGGCAGUGA